UUUACGUUUCUUGUUCUCCCCGUGUAGCUAAAGUAACGUACAKGCGGUCUGCUUAAAAACAUCAUGGCGUCGAGAAAGAGUUUUUAUAACGCUCCAGUUGAUUCAAAAAGUUCGAAAAGCGGCCGCAAUGCUAGCACUGCCAACAACAGUGGGACUGCCAUGAAAACAGUUAAAUCCAGUGGGAUGACUGUCAAAUCACGGUAUCUUCAGUCAGCUGAGAAAGCAUCACUCUCAAAGAGUAAUUCACUGACAGAUUCAGUUGCUGGACCUCAGCGGCCUUCCCCUAAAGCAGUUUUGGUUAAACCAAAGGUGGGCACCCCACCGCGACGCUCACUGGCGCCGCAGGCUCUUGCAGAAUCAAUGAUGUCACAUGUAAAGGAUCCAUCAGUUCUUGGUCGAAGUGUUCUGCAGUCCACAUUUUCUGACGGAUGCUGCGUUCGACCAGAUUUUGAUAUUUCAGACAUUAAAGACAAGACGGUGAUUGAGAUCGCAGCGGAGCCUGACAGGAACCCAGAGAACGAGAAGGAGAUUGUGGAGAUGCAAACAUUUCUCCUAGCCUACCUCACAGCGAAGAUGGAGAGCAAUACGGCAAAAUUCAAGGCUGAGGCAGAAGAAAGAAUCCUUCAAGUGAUGAGAGAAGAAGAGCUGCUGCGUAAUGAGGUCAAGGAAAAGAAGCAACAGUAUCUUCUAGCUGAGCGGAAGAAGCUGCUAAACGAGACGUUGGACAUGCAGAUUGAGACUCUGACUCCUGUAGCAGAAGCAGCCAAGCAGUUCACAAAGGACUACAAUUGUUUUGCAGCUGCUGUCGACACAACUCGUCACGAACUGCCUGUUAAGAAUUUCUACAUCAGCGGGGAUGGAAAGGAAUUUUUAGGUAAAGCUGAGGCUUGCCUGAAGGAAACGGAGAAGUUGCUGCAGGAGUGCACACAGGGAGACCAUGCAGAGAACAGCACRUCUUUGGAAUGCCUCAGAAACAUGAAGAUGACUUCUAAAGAGCUCAGUCAGCAGCUGUCAGGAACAUUUUCUGAGCUGCAGGAGCUGUCGUCACUGGUCUGCCGACAUUCAGUCCAUGUUCAGCAGGUCGUGGAAGAAGAGCAGCUCGGUGUUUCACGAACCCGUGAGCUCUUUUGUCCUAAGAGCGAUUAAGACCACAGUAUGGGCUACACUGUGCACUUUGGAUGACCCCAUUCCUGUUAAUUAAACUAACUUCUUUUUUGAUUGCUUUUUUGUCCUUUUUUGUGUGUCCUAUUUGAAUUUGUUGUAGCUGUGUUAUGUUGUGCAUUUUUUAGUUUUUUUUUAAAAGUACUUAAUAAAGCUGAAAAAAAAA